AAAUUGAUGAUUGAGUUCUUUUAGUAUUUGCUUUAAUUUGAAAUAACACAAGUUAUGAACGUCAAUUUAUGAAUGUUGAUUUUGUUGGGAAUUUGCUUUGCUUGAAUCUUUUUCAAUAAUAUUUAAAUUAAGAUGUCCUAUUAGUUUGAAAAUGGAUGAAGCAAAAAAUGAAACCGUCGACCUUUCGAGGCGUGGGUUGAAGAAAAUAGAGAAAGCGCCCGCAGAGGAAUCCAAGACGAUUAUUAAUUUAAUCCUCGACCAAAAUGAGUUGCAGAGACUAGAUAAUAUUGACACAUAUAAUCGUGUCGAAAACUUAUCAAUUUGCAACAAUUUCCUGUUACGCAUGCAUGGCGUAUCCCGGUUGACGAACAUUCGAAUCCUAGCUUUGAAUAACAACGGCAUACUGCAGAUAGAGGGUCUCAAAGACCUGAUUUAUUUAAAAGUACUGAAGCUUGCAGGAAACAAUAUAAAAUCAAUAGAACAUUUGAAUCACAACAUGCACUUGGAACACUUGGAUUUGUCCAACAAUCAAAUUUCUUUUAUAGCUGAUAUAUCUUACUUGAAGAGUUUGAAGCACUUGAAUCUAGAAAGAAACAAGAUAUCAGAUCUGCGACAAUGUGAUCGCUACCUUCCAUCACACUUGGAGCACCUAGGACUUGCUCACAACAGUAUCCAGGAUUUGAAUGAGAUCAGUCAUUUGGUGCAUUUGAACAAACUCGAGAGCUUCUCAAUACAAGGCAAUCCAUGUGUUGCGAUGGCUGGCAAAGACAAAUUAGGAUUUGAUUACAGACCAUUUGUCCUCAACUGGAUAAUGAGUGUGAAGUCUAUUGAUGGCUUUGUCGUCAGCGCUAUAGAAAGCCUAAAAGCGGAGUGGUUGUACAGUCAAGGGAAAGGGCGACACUACCACGCGGGGCAACACCAAGAGUUGUGUGAAUAUUUGGCGUCUACCUGUCCUCUCACCGCCGACGCCUUGGAAACGGAAGACCAGAGGAAAUUACGUCUUAUAUUAAGCAAAGCGCAGCAUCACCAGCAGCAGUUGAAAGAUCAGACACACAGUCCGUUAAAGCCCAAGUUGCAGUCACCGAGAAUGCAAUCUAGGAUAUCCACGCCGCGGCACAUGGGUCGGUCGCCCGACCGGCUCACUUCGAGUUAUCAUGCAGCUAUGACCAAGUCCUCGUCUCCUUUACAUCAGAUGUCUUCCUCACUCUGUGGAGAAUUAUCCGGCAUUCCCACCGCCAUGAGCCAGAGCUUCGACUCCCCCUCUACCAUGUACGCAACGGAAAAAAGAGACAGCGCUAGAGAAAAGGAAAAGGAAAAAGAAAAAGUUCAAGAAAUACCACAACCAAAGCCAGUGAAUCAUUCAUUAGAAGCUGCAUCGAAAAUGGUGCCUGUACCUGAAUCUCUCAUGAGUCCCGACUACCAGGACCCGAUUUACGACAUCCAAAGAUCUAUACCAAAGACAAACAACUCUGUGCACAGUGUUUCCAACACUUCCUCACAGUCCAGUAACAGCAGUAUCCACGAUGACAAACCAAGGCACGCGAAAAACAUGAAAGGAUCCCCGAAAUUACCAAAGAGUGCUACUUCAUCGCCCAAACUUAAAACUAGAAUGGAGCAAAGAAAAGGCAGCUUAUCAAAAGUAGAAGUAAAGAAUGAGGAAAAGAAACUUAAUGGGAUUACAAAUGAGUCUGAGCAACUCGGCGCGGACAUGAUGAAGUUGCCUUCGAACCAACGACGGCAGAAGAAGAUGAGUGUGGAAUCAAUGGCCGCGGUCACUAUACAGAAAAUGUGGAGAGGCUACAGAAGUAGGAACUUGAACAAGGACACGCUCAGGAUACUGCACGCCAUACAAGCGGCGCGAGCUCGACAGCAUAUACAGAGGUUGACAUGCGACAUGGAGGCUACGAAAGCCGCGUUGGAGUCUGAGCGAAAAAUUCAACAGCUCCAGAUGCAAGCUAUUAACGCUUUGUGGAAGAAAGUCUCCACCCUACAGGCAGCUGACAACCAGAAGCAGCGGUUAUCGGAGUCCGAUGACAACACAGACGCAUUGCGGCAGUUAUCCGAGACAUGUUUCAGCCUACAAGCGCAGGUGGCAGAACUGCAAGGCUGUAUGCAGGAGGUGUUGAAGGCAGUUUCGAGCAAAAACCACGCAGAGCCGGUUGGCACUCAGACCGAUAUCACGGCAGUAAUCACUCCGCAGGAAGAACGCUGCACGUGGUUACGGCGGCCGCAGUCUCUGUCGCUGAGCGGAGCCCGCGACCCGCCCGCCGCCAUACCUGUCAGGGACAGGGAACACUCAGAAAAAUCGAACGAAACGGCCGCUCUUGGCAUAGAGCGAACCGAGUCCGUCAUAGAAGAGCAGGCAGCAGGAACUAACGAAGUGGACGCUGAUACGAGGGCGUGUGACGUCAUCGCCGACUGAUACCACCACCAAGUAUGUAUUGAGAAUCACUUCUACAUUGAAGUUGAUACUCUGCAGAUACUGCUUAGGCAUGUUCGGGAGAUGGUACACUUUAAAAUAGUAUAUAAUCUUCAUAUACCGUCAAUUUUUAUCUACUUGUAUAAUUUAUCCCCGAGUAUCAGUUAACAAUAAUUAUUUAUUAGCAUCAAUGUUUUACUUAUUUAUUUAUAAGCGUUGCUAUAUCUUACUUCUAUACGCGUAACCAGUAUGUUCUUUAUUACACUUUUAAAGAUGUUGACGCGGUAUUGUUAUGUAUAUCUAAAAGAUUCAAGAUUCCUUAUUUAUUACUACGGAGAUAUUGUGCAGCUCAGCAACUUAUCUGUUAUAGCUAUUCCAUAAAAAAGGGAACAAUUAUUUAUGACAUACAAUUUAAGCAAAUGUGUAUCAUCUCUUUGACAUGGUAUAAUAACAUUAUUUUGUGACAAUCCGCAUCAGUUUUUCUUUAAAGUUAACCUUAAUAGAAAAAUGCGUUGGUCUCGAAAUAAUACAAAUUGGAACUAUUCACAUUAGAUGUAAGGUAUAAUAUUCGUUGUACACUAAAGCAAAGCUUGGUCUGUAAAGUGGGCUUGUUAAGUAAUUAGGGUGAUAUUGUGUAAUUUGAUAGUUAAAUUAUGGUUUAUAAGAAGCAAAACCGAUCUUUUAAGAACCUAUUUAUUAUUUUAACGUUAUUUUAUUUUUGUAACAGCCUGUAUACAGUUUGCUGGAAGAUAUAGUUGCUAUCACUAAAAAUGGGCACAAUUCAUUGAUGUCGAGUUGUUAAUGGUAUAAACCAAAGAGUUUGAUGGUAUUAUAAAAGACAAAAACUAAAACAAUUUCCUACAAAGACACUAAAAUAAUUUAUACUAUAAAACUAUCAAGGGAAUUAGACUGCUUGGAAAUUAAUAAUGACAAUUUGUUUAUUUAGAUGUAAGAUAAGGCUUAAGUGUUGGUGUAUGUAAUAUAAACCCUAAACGUUCGUUUUAAGAAAAUAUGUAUUCAACCGUUCUUGUCAGAACAGGCAUUUGUUGCAAAACUGGCUACUUUAAAAUGGAGCAUAUGCCUUAGCCUUUUGAUCGCUAAGUAAUACUUCCCGCAGCUAACGUUGAUGCAUUCUUGAAGUUUUACAUACCUUCCUGCCACUUUAAAUGUAUAUGUCGUAGUUAAUUAGCUUAAUUAGCCAUUUAAAUGCCGGUCUAAAUGAUUAGCUGUUUGAUUUAACGACUGAAUUUCUCUGUCAGGCCGUGAGUCGAAGGAUGUUGUUACCAGAAUGUUACGUUUGGUUAGGUUUGAACAGCGACCAGCACAUAAAUCGAAUCACCAUCAUUGUGAUAUCAUUUAUUUAUCACGCCUUUUUCCCGCCUUGUAUGAGACAGACUCAUACUGAUUUAAAAACCACCCCGGUCCUUUUUCUGCUUUGAGCCGGAGUCCCGGUAACCUUUUACGUUGUCCGCAGCUCCUUAUUAAACACGCUAGGACGUUAAUUAAAUAGCUGGUUAAGCUAGUUGGAUACGACAUACAAUCACUUUACUGCACAAUAUCAAUUACAUGGAGCAUUUACAUUUUCGAUUUUGUCAUUUGCUGACAUCCUUGCCGAUUGUUAAUUUAUUUUUAGGUCAUGUAAUGUUUAUGUAUAAUUAUACAAGUUACAAAAAUAUUAGGCAGGUAACUUCUAAUAUUAUUAUUUUUACGAUUCUAUUGGAUUCUUGUUUAGUGUUUACUAUCUAAUCAUGUUUUAAACAAAAACUAUUUUUGAAUUAUAUUAGAUGUGGAAUUUGUAGAUGACAGACGACAAACGACAUAGUAAAAUAAUUUUAUUCGUUUCGUCGGUGUUAUACAUUAAACAAAAUAUGUUGGUUGAUAAUAUAGUAAUCUGUUGAUUAAUAAUAUAAUGCAUAUUAUAUUUUAACAUUCUGAUAAAUGUAAAUAGGUAUGCUUAAUAGUAGGCGUGGUUGUUGAUUUUGAAACGAAAUGAUUUUGAUAUUAUGAGACAUUUAAUUAAUUAGGUUGUACGGGUCAAGCCACGCUAGGACACUUAACAGUCAAUCGACAACCAACCCUAACACGGCGAGCGUAAAACCCAGUUUACUUUAUCGAACAGUUACACAAGUCACGAGACACGACUAACUGCUUUGCUCUGAGUCAUUUAAUGGUAAGUUAACCCACUCCUUAGCAAUAGUUUUCGGAACAAAAUCGUUACUAAGGAUUUUUUAAGUAAUCAUUAAAUGUCUUCGAGUGCUGCAGUAAGUCGUAUAAUAUAAAUAAUUGAAGGGUUCUUAAGCUUAAUGCCCCAAGGUACCCGCGAAAUUUAAAUUUCCGUAAGUGUUUUGCAAUGUUUACGAAAAUUUUAAUUUUGGCCUACCCUGGAACAUUCACCUUAAUAUGCUUUUAUUAAAAGUCUUACUGAUAUAUUGCCUUUAUACUUACAUUGCGAUUUAUAUGUGUUUCGAGAUAUCUUUAGCGGCUUAUGUAAAUGUUUAUCAGAGUUGAAUUAUGGCAAGCAUUGUUUACUAAAAAGACGGUACCUAAUUACCUAUGUACAUUGUACAGUUGCAUCAUUUAUAUGGAUCACAAAGCACUGAUUUCACUGCCAUUUUGCAAAUAGAAGUGAAUACACAAUUUUAGGACAAACUUAGGUACUUGUUAUUAUGUAUUCUCUGAUGUAUAGACAUAUUAUGUACACAAAUCGGCUAAUAGGGCAGUAUUAAUAAGUGUUAAAAAGUAUAAUUCUAAUUGUGUGGCACAUAAAUGUUAAUAUUUAUGUAGAUUAAAAUUAUACAAAAAGAGGAAUUUUGAGCAUUCCUAGAAUAUGUCUAUACAUAGGUUAAAUAAGAUAUAAAAAUUCAGUAUUUAUUAAAAACACAUUUACAAGUUUUCGAAGUGAAGCGAAAAAUAUAGUUCAUUUGCAUCUAUUUAAACGUGUUUCUAUACCUAAGGAGGUUUUACUGUUAUCGCUUAAAGUAGAAUUAAAAACUAGGAUAAAAAAAAUUGAUGCCAAAAUAAGUGGUCUACUCAGAAGAAGUAGGUAUUAAACAUGUGCGUGACUUAUGACGUUUGAUUGUCAGAAAAUGCCCAAGACAUUCGUAUAACAUAAAUGUACUUCGGUACUACCCAACAGAUGCGAUACAUAUUUUUGCGGAUUACCUAUAAUAUACAUAAAUUAACUUUCGAAUUUGUCAAUUUAUGUUUCAGCAAUAAAUCAUUUUAAUACACAAAUAAUACAGGGCAUCACGCAUGUCUAGCCCGUAAUACGAGUAAUAAUAAACUUUAUUAAUUAUUAAACGGAAUGCUUGUCAGCAGAAAACUUAUUUUGGUAUAAAUUACUAGAAGCAGUAUCAGCUUGGCGCUAGCAGUCGAGUAGUAGAAACUUGAACAUGGAGUACAUUAAUUUGACACGAGAUCCAAGUGUGUUCAUGUACAAACGCGGUAUAAGUAGCGGGAUGUCGUGUCAUAUGUUUGAUAUUUCGACCGCGCCCGCGAUACUCAGGCAAAACAAUGAUACGUGUUUCAUGAACCGUCACAACCAAACGACAUCUAGGUACCACUGUAUAGUUAAGAACUUUUUAUUAUAAUUAUGUAUGUACAUAUUAAAUAAAAGGUGAAAAUUGAGAUGCCUUGUCUACUGAGCUUUAUUUUUGUCGCGAUAUUUUUUUUAAUUCUUUAUUUUUAUCGGGUGUGUCUACUAGUUAACGAAUCUCUACGCUUGAAUAUAAUAUGUAUUUUGUAUAUAAUUUUUCUGUAAAAGUUGUGACUAUUUUGACUGUAAAGAUAGAUAUGUAUGAGUUGAGGAUUAUGCAUAAUACAAAUACUGUUAAUACGAUACGUUUAGAACAAUAUUAAUACAAAAAGUGUUUUUGUAAUAUUCAUCAAGCUCACUUGUAAGAAGUUGAAAUAUUGUUCGUAAGAACCAGUUUAAAUAGUCAUAACUUGGGAGUUAUGUCAAUACCUAUACUAAGUACUAGUCAUUUUUAACAACGCGUUGUAUUUUAUUGUAGUCAGUGCAAUUAAUUUUAUCUUCACAUUACAUGACAUUUAAUGUUUUCACAAGACGUACUUUUCUCUUUACGUAGUUUAAUAAGUUUCAGAGCAUGUUUUACUGUAUUCGUUGGUAUUAAUUUGAUUGACAUGAAAUGAAACUGCGUUUACUGAGUGAGCGUAAUUUUAAUUUUUCAUUUAACUUAAAGGGUAGUAAAACAUGCUCUUUACUCUAAAUAAAUAUUGAGUCUUAAUUAAUGAUUACGUUAUUGGCUUACUCUAGUAACUGUUUGACGAGGAACUCGCUCGUAUUCUGUGCAGAAUUCCGCGACACCUGACUAGGCGAUUGUCGCGCUGCUACUAAAACUAGUCGAGUUCCUCGUCAAACAGUUACUUGAGUAAGCCGAUAACAUAAUAAUUAAUGUAUUAUGUCUCACGAAAGUUAUAAUAAAAUUAAGCCUAAUAAGAAUGUUAACCGUUUAUACAUAUAAUUAUAAGAUAAUUUGAUGUUGAAUCUGUUGAUGUCUUCACAAGUAUUCCAGUCAUCAUUCAUAAUCAAUCAAUCGGUUUACUCGUAUUUUUGGAUUUGAUUGCACAAAAAAAGAAUAAAGAUAGAUUACAACCUGUUAAUCUUUGUCUAGCUUUUAUUCAGGUUUAUAACAAUAAUCUAUGAAAACGGAUGACACUAAUUUUACUUUGAUUGAGUUGUGAAGUUGUAGUUUUACCAAAUGUUCGAUUGAAAUGGUUGUGAAGUCAUCGAUGGGUUCUAAAGACACUUGCCGUCCUGUGUAAUUUCUAUUUCAUUGCGUUCCCACCUUAUUUGUUGUCCAUUGCGUUAUAGCCUGUAUUUAUUAUGUUUUAUAAAACAAUUUUAAAAUAUUCAA